AGCUCCAUUACACAUUACACAACAGAAUUCAAAUGUGAACAUGUUUUUCAGCAAAUCCAUGAACCAUCAUCACCCCAACAAUCCAUUAAAAAGCCUCCAAUCCAACCAUUAAUUCCACAACUCUUCAAUCCCCAUAUCAUUUAACACAAACCCACACAUGAUAAUGGGUCCAUCAAACCCACACAUAAUAUUCCUAAUAAUUCUCUCAAUCACAUCAUCAACUCCUUCUUCAUUAGCAGACCUCACAGACUUCAUAUACAAAGGUUGUGCCAAUCAAAAGUUCCAAGACCCAUCAGGAAUCUCAUCACAAAACCUCCAAUCUCUAUACACAACUCUAAUAUCCCAAUCCUCCACAAAUAACUUCCACAACGCCACCGCGGGUAACGACCAGUUAACCACCUCCAUAACCGGUCUUUACCAGUGCCGCGGAGACUUAUCCAAUUCCGACUGCAAAAAUUGCGUCGAAAAAAUCCCCGAAACGAUCGAGAAAGUAUGUGGCGGCGACAGGAUCGCCGCCAGAGUCCAGCUGGACGGGUGUUAUUUGAGAUAUGAAGUUAUUGGGUUCCCCGUGGCAUCCGCUACGGAAUUUUUGUAUAAACAGUGUGGGUCGGGUCGGGCUAGUGGGUCCGGGUUUGAUUCGCGGUUGGAAUCCGCGCUCGAGGAGGUUGAAAAAGGGGUUGGGAAUGGGAAAGGGUAUUAUGCUGGUGAGUAUCAAUCGGUUGAUGUGUUGGGGCAGUGUGAAGGCGGGUUGGGGAGCGCGGAUUGUGAGAAGUGUGUGAAGGCCGCGGCGGAGAAAGGACGGAGUGAGUGUGGGAGUUCGAUUUCGGGUCGGGUUUAUCUACAGCAGUGUUAUGUUAGUUAUAAGUAUAACCCGAAUGGAGUUCCGGGAUCAGGGACGGGUGGUGGUGGUGGGAUACAAACAGGGGAGACGGAGACAGGCGGUGGGGGCGGGCAGCACAACACGCAGAAGACGGUGGCGCUUGUUAUCGGCGGAAUAGCGGGAUUGUUUCUGGGGAUCGCUUUCUUGCUGGUUUUGAGAUCAGCAUUUAGGAAGAAGGAGGAGAAACACUCUUCAUUUGAAGGUUACCAUUGAAAAGGAGAAGAUCAAGUUGAGUGCAGAAGGAUGUAAAGACAGACAAAUGAAGCAUGCUUUUCUAUUUUUGGUGAUCGUAUUUGUACAGUACAUUGGUUAUUUUUAAAUAAAUUUUGUUCUGUAUAUUCAAUGAGUUUAUCUUUUUUGUUGGAA